GGGAUUGUUCGUUGGAUCGAGUUGGCGUCGACGGCAUUAUGCGAGGGUUUCUCACGUGGGCAGGCUGCCAGACGCGUGGGUGCGCAUCCGCAGGAGGGCCCUUUUCGAGCUUUUCUCGACGCUCCAUCACCACCCCCGGGGUUGCUAGUUAUUACAUUCCACGGCAAAUGGUGCAGCUCCCAAUCCGUGAUAGCGAAGCGCUCGUGGAGGAGAUCGCGGAGGCCUACGUUUCGAUGGAUUUACCCACGCAGGAGCUCUUUCGAAGGGCGGCGACGAAGAAGAUGACGGGCGAGGAGGAAAGCGGGGAGGCGGUGCCGAAGAAACCGGGGAAUCCAUCCGCACCAAAGGUCCCUUCGACACCCUCGUAA